AUGAGCAGCAGCUCCAGGAAAAAGCCCUCGUCGUACGGAGCCUCGAGGCGGUCCGUGUUGAAGAAAAGCUUCAGCCAGGAGCAGGUGGCAUUCACGGGGCCGCUCUCGGCCGACCCCUCCGUCGGGAUUAUCGGAGGUGGGAUGUCCGGCCUCGUGUCCGCGCUUUAUCUGGAGAAGAGAGGCAUCAAAUCCACUGUAUUUGACACGGGACUUCACGGGUUAGGAGGAAGAAUGGGAACUAGGAUUAUUGAUCCUCAGCCCUUGACUUUUGACCAUGCAGCCCAGUUCUUCACGGUUACUGACCCUGAGUUUGCUGAGAUGGUAAGCCUAUGGUCUAAAAAUGGUCUUGUUCGUCAGUGGCAUGGCGCAAUUGGAGAGCUUGAAGCUGGUGGACGUAUUGACCCACUUCCUACUUCGCCUCCAAAAUACAUAGGAGUUAACGGGAUGCGCCCUCUUGCGGAAUCCAUAUUAUCUGAGACUUCCUUGGUUAAUGUGGUACGACCUUGUUGGGUUAGUAAACUGGACCCAUAUAAUGGGAUGUGGUACUUGAGUGAGAAGGGAAAGCCCUGUGGCCACUUUGAUAUAAUUGUUAUUGCACAUAAUGGAAAAUGUGCAAAUCGACUACUUGCUUCAUCAGGGUUACCCCUAAUUGCCAGACAAAUGAAGAGACUCGAUUUGAGUUCUAUAUGGGCUCUUUUGGCAGCAUUCAAUGAGCCCCUUCCUGUCCCCUUAGAAGGAGCCUUUGUUAAAGGAAUUGAUUCUCUCUCAUGGAUGGCGAAUAACACUGCCAAACUCUCUGGUGCACAAACCAGUGGACCUCAUUGUUGGACCUUCCUCAGCACAGCAGGUUUUGGAAAGAAUAAUAAAGUCCCCCAGGAAAGUAUUCCUUCUAGUACAGCAGAAAAGGUGAAGGAAUCCAUGCUUGAAGGCGCUGAGAUUGCCCUGGGCCUACAAAAGAACUCACUUGAAAAGCCUUUCUACAGUCGAGUACAAUUAUGGGGUGCAGCUCUUCCCACAAAUUCACCUAAGAUUCCCUGUAUCUUUGAUUCUCAUGGGCGAGCUGGCAUAUGUGGUGAUUGGCUAUUGGGAUCAAGCUUAGAAUCUGCAGCUUUAAGUGGAAUGGCUCUCGCUAAUCAUAUUGCAGAUUAUGUCCAAAGUGGUGGAACAAGGCCAGAUGAUUUUGCUGUAGGCUUGCAUAACGAAUUUCAACCACUCGAAGGACAUGAUAUUGGACAGUUUCCUGGAUUGAAGUGUGAAAAAGUGACAAACAAGACCCACGAUUUGCAAGUUAGGUUUUAUCUUGUAUCCGAACGAACAGGGGAUAAAAGGGAAAGUAUCAUACUAUUGACUGUAUGGCAUUUUCAGUCCCAUUUUGAGUUAGUCCUGGAGUUGUUACAUCAAAAGGAUGAACAAAAGAACAUUAAUAUCCCUAACAACACUAAUUUCGAUUAUACUGCUCAUACUCUUCUCGUGGCGAUAUUCCUCUACUGCUGCCGGAAAACCAAAACCGACUCGACAAAUUCGCUAGCGGCAAGUGAGGGCGGAAAACGAAGCAGCCACUCGAGCCAUAAGGGGUUUAUAGAUAACGAAGGAGGUACGGGCCCCACGCAUACAAACUGGCUCGUUUUCUUCGACGAGAAUAAUCGAUUUGAGCUCGAGGAUUUGCUCCGUGCAUCGGCUGAGGUGCUCGGGAAGGGUAAUUUGGGCACGGUUUACAAGGCCGUGCUCGUGGGCAACGGGGGAACUGCGGCGGUGAAGUGGUUGAAGGACAUUAGCUCGUCUGACCGAAAAGAAUUCGAGCGGUGUAUGGAUUUGAUCGAGAAUUUGAGGCAUCCGAACAUCGUCUUUUUCUUGUUCUGCAAAUGA